CUGCAGCCGUUCCAGAAACACGUUCUCGUUCUCCGGCAGCCGGCCAGCCAGCCAGCCACUCAGCCAUUGUCAGUGUUGUUCUCACGCGUGAGCUUGUGGAUUACUUUGCUUAACAGCCCGAGUGGUGCACGAACACUUGACCCCACGCCCGCGCGGUGCCCACCCCUCGGCAGACCGGUGUACCGAUUGCCUUUCAUCAAAGUCAACGGCAGCAUCCUUGCCAGAGGAAGCCUCAAAAUCAAGGAUUGGCCUCCGCCCUGCCCCCGCCCCGCAGACGCGAUGGAAUGCAUCGUCGCCGGGUUCUUCUCCCGAGAUCUGACUGGCGAGCAGUGAGCACUGACUGUCGGUUCUAUUGGAAGAUUGGAAAUCCACGCAUGACUGCGCGAGCUGCCACACCGCCGGAGGGGCAAUUUAUGCUGUAGACCCUUCUGAACCGAAUUUGAUCGUCCGACCGGCAGGCUGCGCGUGGAACAAUGGAAACACGGCUGCUGCUUUUGACAGUGCUAAUUUAAAAGUGAAAUCAAAGGGACAGAGAUUGCGACCCGCACUCCACUUGGGCUAUAGGAAUGCACAGGCAGGAAUGUAGUCAUGAAGAAGUUUAGUGGCAUCGGACGUAAAAUGCUUCACCACCACUGGCUGACCUUUUUGCUGAUGCAGUGGUGCUUCCACAUCAGCGUGGCCUGUCCGACGGCUUGCGUGUGCAAGUGGAAAGGAGGCAAACAAACUGUCGAGUGCGUGAACAAAGGACUGAUUGCCAUUCCCGAAGGAAUGGACCCGGGCACGCAGGUGCUAGACUUCGCCGGAAACAAUCUGCAGAUCUUGCCACGCGAACGCUUCGAACGCCUCAAUCUGGUCAAUCUGCAGCGCAUUUAUCUGUCGCGCUGCAAACUCUUUCAGGUCGACGACACUUCUUUUAAGGGGCUGACCAACUUGGUCGAGCUCGACCUCAGUGAAAAUCUGCUCACGCGAAUUCCGACCGAGACGUUUAACGAUUUCAGACUCCUCAUGAGGCUCUCAGUCAACGAAAAUCCGAUCAAAACUUUGCGCACGAGAUCGUUUCAGCCACUGUCGUUCCUCACCACCCUGGAACUGAGCAAAUGCGAGAUCGAAAUAAUCGAGAAUGACGCGUUUUAUGGGCUGGAACGGCUCGAGUGGUUAAAACUCGAUAACAAUAAGCUGUCAACUAUUCGCGGUUCGUAUCUCUUUCCGUCGUCGCUGCGUGGUGUGGCUCUCGAUAACAAUCCGUGGCACUGCGACUGCAAGCUAUCCGAGCUGCACACUUGGCUAUUGAAUUACAAAAACAUUCCCCAGUCCAUCGAGCCCAAAUGCAAUUCUCCCCCUCGUCUCCAGGAAGCCGUAAUCAAAUCUUUGGACGUCGACGAUUUCGCUUGCUUACCCGACGUGUCGCCGACAACAAUGUACCUUGAAAUAGGAGAAGGCAAAAAUGUUUCCCUGCUUUGCCAAGUGUCGGCUGUCCCCGAGGCUCGUGUUUCUUGGUGGUUCCAAGGACGAGUCCUGCAAAACGACACCAUUGUUGCGCCCGGCGUCCACUUGUAUUACUACAUCGAAGACGGCAGCAUCGACAAGAAAAGCGAGCUUUUCAUUUUUAACACGAAUACCGACGACAACGGAACUUUCAUUUGCGUAGCAGAAAAUCCUGCCGGAAAGACUCAGUCUAACUUUACGAUCAGGAUCAUUGUGCGAGAAGAGGUAUCCGUCGCUGUGGUGCUGCCCUACGAGUAUCUAGUCGCCGUCGUGUCUGCCAUUGCAGUGCUUGCCAUCCUCGUGCUCAUCAUAUUCAUACUGAUCGUCAUCCGCUGCCGCAGGCAACGCAGCCGCAAACGCAAGCGGGACCGGAGCAAAGUGGUUGCACUACAGUCACCAGAGCAGGGUGCGGAGAAGUCAAAUGAAAUCGAAGCAAAUAUCGCCAUCACUCGGAUGCACAAGCUGAUCAACACGGGCGUAGUUCCAUCCAAGUCAAACGGUGUUGUAGUGACGGAACGUCACGUCCAGAUGAGACAUCACGAGGUUCUCAUCCGUUCGGGCGCCGGGGAAGUGUGCAGUCAGGGGCGUAUGGAUCCCUAUCAGCUAAGUCCCAAUCGAGCCUAUCAAGAGCAGAAUCCCGACUUGAUCAAUGACGCAGAGAUCAUGGGCAAGGACAAACGGGUGACGUCGAGCGGCCGCAGGCGCGAGGAAGGCGACGGCGAGGAGGUUGACCGAGAAAACUGCGGCAGCAGCUAUAAGGAGGCCAUGGAGAACAUCAUCGAGGAGUUCAUCGAGGCGGGCGAGCCCAAGAAGAUGGGCAAGCCCGGCGUCACGUGGCGAGACGACGCUGGUUUUCCUCUCAAGGUGAUGACUCCGAUGCGGGAGCACGCGCCUCCGAGCAACUUCUCCACCCUACCGAGACGAAUGCUGGUCAAGCCAGAACUGACGUACCAGCUCUCAGCAGACGUGCAUCUUUCGCCGGGCCGCUUUCUCGACCAGGACGGCUAUCCCGUUGACUUCGGACUGCCUAAGAUCGCACCGCAGCCUUCGAUGGCGUUACCGAUGGUGGCGCCGCCACCGCCGGCCGCGUACUACCGCACCCUGCCGUACAACCGUGGCCACAAAAAGAACAACUACCCUCGGGAGGCCGAGUACCUGCCGGCGCCGGCCUACGAGGCGUACGCGGACACCCCGACGGACGUGCGGUACUCCGUCGAUGGUUACCCUACCUCCGCCCCACCCGUUUUCGCGCCAAACGAAACCUUCCCCGACCCAAUUGGUAGCAACUUUAUUCCCUCCCCACCUGACGCGUACAAAAGCGAUGUUACGGACAGUGCAGACGGCGCCAAGGGGCAGCCGGCGGCGCCGGCCGUCGCCCCAGUAAGCCCUCCCAGCGCCAGUGCGAACAAAGCGUGGUCGGGCUACUCGCAGUCGAGUUCGACAAAGACUUCCGAGAGCCAGCAAAAUUUAAUCGAGAGCGCGAUUAACGCGAUGGUGACCGCCCAGCCAGAGUCGCGCGCCGCUCAGCACGAGAGCCCUGACGAGGGCUUCGGUGAGGACGGCACCGAGAUCUGACACAAAAGAGCGGGGGGUGCGGCACCGCCCCCCAAGAAGUAAGAUUGGGACUGCUUAUUGAAAAUAAGGGAUAAAUUUAAUGCUCAUAGAUCGAACUUGUCACACCUUGGUAGAAGAAAAAAAACACAAGAAAAUGAUUUCAACCAUAUUUCAUUUUUGUGAUAUCAAUGUAAAUGUUGACCUUUUAAGAUGUGGAAUUUCCCGCGAAAGCAAACAUUAUUUGUACAUUCAUACCAAAAAUAAGACAAACACACGCGAUUUUAUACGGAAAAGGAAGAAAUUGUAACGCGAGAAGCGGAUAUUAUAAACAACUCUCUAUGAUCUAAGUGGUUAUUUUUACUGUACAGCAUAUCUCUAUUUUUAACAAAAGCGACGGGUUGACUUGCGUGGGCAGAUAUUUUUGAAUAUCAGACAAGUGUAUAGCGUUAAAGAGUAUGAGAAUCAAUUUAAAAACGUGUUAUACAUGACUAAAGAUAAGGAAGUUAAAGCGAAACGACCUAAAUAAGAAAAUAAAUCAAAUGAUUCUUCUCUCAUGUGUAAAAACUGAUUGUGAAUCCCCUGAAAUGUAUAACUUGAAAGUAAAAAAAAACUUUGAAAGCGAUAAACAUAAUAUACAAAGACGGUGUUUAUUACCCAACAGAUGUCAACUUCAAUUGCUGGAAUCUCCUACUGUAUAGAAGCAAACCAUGUAAUUAUAUCCGAUAUAUUAUCAAUUCUGUAGGAGCGUCCUUUUAAGCGUAAGCGUUGAAAAAUUCGUUCACUGUGUUGCAAUUUGUGUUUUUCAAAUUCUGGAGGCCGUGCUAAUACGGGUGAUGCUCGGCAUAAACGGCAAUUAACAAAGGGUCAAAAGCUCAUUAUGUUGAAACAAACUGGUUUGAAAACUUUUGACUGUACGCGCGACUAUGAAAUUUCAGCAUAGUGUUGGUAUAUUUGGUAAAAAAAAAAAUCAAAUAAAAGGAAUUCCAACAAAUA